CCGAAAUGUAGCAACUGUUUUCUUGAUAGAAAUACACACUUCUCUAAAACUUCUUCCAUUUAGAACCAUGGACUCGACGAACGUCGUUAUACAUUCUGGAGUUCAGGCUAUUUUAGACCAGCUAGGUUUUGGUUGGUAUCAAGUUCGUGUUAUUGUAAUUAUCGGCAUGGCGCAAGCGACUGAUACGAUGGAAACAUUGAUUCAAGCGAUUCUCGGACCGACAUUGCGCUGUGAAUGGAACAUGAGUUCGGAUUAUGUUGCUCUCCUUACUACUCUCGUUUUCUUGGGUGUAUGCAUAGGAUCUCCACCCAUUGGAUACCUCUCAGAUAGACUCGGAAGAAAGGAUUUGAAUGUAGUUUGUUGUCUUGCACUUAUUCAUAUGACAUGGCUGUGUGCGAUUUCACCCACCUACUCAUGGCUUGCAACAUUGCGUUUUAUCUCAGGUCUGUACAUCGGUGGUCUCUUAACAGCUGGGUGCUCAAUGAUAUCGGAAGUACUUCCAGAGAAUUAUCAAGCUACUGGUCAGUUACUUGUUUGUUUCUUCGAUUCGUUUAUUGCUCUGUAUGUAACUGGUAUUGGCCUUGGAUGCUCAGUGUCAAAACUUAGCUGGAGAUUCUUUGUGCUUUUUACAACAGCUCCGCUUUUGCUAUGUGCAUUUGGCCUAGCCUAUUUCAUUCAAGAGUCCCCCAUUCUUUUGGCUCAGUGGGGAAAUCAUGAAGAGGCAGCAAAAAUUUUGGACGAAAUAGCACGGUGUAAUGAUCGCAUUCCUGAAAGCACAGAUGUGGAAAAUAACUUUUCAGAAAAACCUUUCAGUUUUGUCAAUAAUUUAUCACUUAUUGAGGAAAAACAGAAUCAUUCGAACACCACACCAACUUUCAAAAAUACCAUGAAACUCAUUUACAAUCAAUAUGCUCUUGCAACUCCUCUGUUAAUCGCCAUUAAUUUUAUAUGGGGGAUGAUUAUAUAUGGUGCAACUACAUUACUUCCAGUUGAACUACCAUCAACUCCAAGAACUUGCUUACAAUAACCAACUUUCGUGCUGUUUCCACUCCCAAAAAUCACUAGAAUUUGAUAAACCAUUAUGUCUUCAUAUUUGUGUCUGAUUUGAACCAUCUUCAAAGUGAGAUCAAAUACAAAGGUUUAUUUGAGUUUAUCAUCACAGACCUAACAUGCAGUUUAUUUCACAGGGAAAAAAUGAAACGCCUUAUUACCUAUGGACAGCAGUCAAGCAGCUACCAAAGACUGGGAAGCGGAUAGUGG